AUGGAUGCUACUCAAUUUUCACAAAUGCUAGAAGCAUUCAACAAAGCGCAACAAAAUUUAUUGCGUCAAAUAAGCACAAAUACGAACAAUCAGCAACAACAACAAGGCAGUCAGCCAUUCCAAAUGCUCUUACCGCCUUUUGAACACUUCGAUGCUACAAAAGAAAAUUUUAGGUUAUACCGGCAAAGGUUCGAGAAUUACUUAACAAUGAAAGGCGUUUUUACAAACAAAGUACUAUGCCAUCAAAUGUUAAUUAAUUCAAUUGGCUCUGUACAUUUCAAAUUGAUUGUGUCGCUAAUUGCCCCGAAGUCACUUAAUGAAGUCGAAUACAAAGACAUAAUUGAAAAAUUAGAAGCACAUCUUUGCCCGAAAAGGAACAUUCUAGUAAGUCAACAUAGGGUCUUGUCAACAUAUCAAAAUGAAGGCCAAACAAUUGCGGAAUACGUAGCGUUAUUGAAGCGCGAUAUUAAUGAAUGCAAUUUUCUGUCGUCGUGCAAUUGUAAGGCCGAUAUUUCAAACAUUUUUCUACGAGCACAGUUUAUUCGAGGUAUAUUUGACAAUACAAUACGGGAGCAAAUACUUCAAUCAGAAGAAACUGACUUUGAUAAAAUUGUACAAAAGUCUUUAUCGCUAGAAGCAUCAAAAAUAGAUAGCCGGGAAAUUAACGCGAAGCAUAGCACUAGUGACGUAAAUAAAAUUGUAAGCAGAAAGCAGAAUCGUGGAAGAAGCCAUUCUUCCAGCCGCCAUUCAAAACCGCAGGCACGAGCAAAAUCAAAGGUAAAUUACAAAGAGCUUGGUAUAGAUAAUUUAUGUAUACGGUGUGGACGAGACAACCACAAAACGAAGCAGUGCCGUACCAACGCAAAAAACCUAAAAUGUAACUCCUGUGGUAAAAGAGGCCAUGUACAGCAAGUAUGCAUCACUACAUUAAUGAAGUCUACAAAGAACGCAAAUGUCAAAUCAGAGGAUACCGAGGAAUCAAUUCAUCAAAUAUAUGGCAUUAAUCGCAUUAUAGAUAUUUUUUCGAAUCAACAUAGUUACAGUGAUGUUGAUAAGUAUUAUGUCACUGUUGAAUUAAAUGGGCGAAAACAACAAUUCGAGGUCGAUUCAGGCGUCGGGUUUACCCUUAUACCAAGGAACCAAUUCAAUCAACUCCAGAUAAACGAGCAACUACAACCUUCAAGUGUUGCUUUCCGUUCAUAUACGAAGAAUAUCAUUGUUCCCGAUGGCAAAGUCAAGGUAAGGGUAAAAUUCAAUAAUAGUAUAUCCGACGAAGAAAUGUAUGUUGUCCCUGAUGAAUAUGAUGCACUGUUAGGCCGAGUUUGGAUUCGACACCUAAACAUCAAUCUUCAGCAAGUCGAUAAGCAUCGCGUACACAACAUAAAUAAAGUCAAUGCACAAAAUCAUAAUUCAAUAUCUGAUAUUAUUAAUGAGUUUCCCGAAGUUUUUGAAGAAAGAGUAGGAUGUGUCCCUGAAAUUGAAAUCACAUUGCAGCUGCGAAAAGGUUCUAAGCCAGUUUUUUAUAAGGAGCGUGAAGUUCCGUACGCAUUGAGAGACUCCGUCGAAAAAGAAUUAGAAGAAUUAGAAGCUUCCGGCAUUAUUUCAAAAUGUGAAAGGAGCGACUGGGGUUCUCCACUAGUAAUUGUCCCGAAGCCAGAUGGAAAAGUUAGACUAUGCGUCGACUAUAAACCAGGGGUUAAUCCACAACUAGUAGCAGCUAAUUACCCAAUACGCAGAAUCGAUGAAAUUUUGAAUAGCCUAAAAGGGUCAAAAUAUUUUUGUCGUCUCGAUCUCUAUAAGGCAUAUUUACACAUAAGGGUAAAUCCAGAAUCCAGUGAAAUUCAAACAAUCUCGACCCAUAAGGGAACAUAUAGGAUGAAUAGACUCUCAUUCGGCAUAAAAACAGCACCGUCAGAAUUCAAUCGUAUAAUAGAGCAACUUUUAUCGGGUUUAAACAAAACCAUGUCCUACUUCGAUGAUAUUUUGGUACACGGGUCUACAGAAGCUGAAUGUAAACAAAAUCUAGUCGAAUGUCUUAAACGCUUAAAGAAAUAUGACUUACACUUGAAUAAAAGCAAAUGCUCGUUUCUGAAAACUCGCGUAGAAUACCUAGGGCAUGUCGUACAAUUUAACCAAAUUUCAAAGUCACCGUCUAAAGUCGAAACAAUUGUAAACAUGGCUCGUCCAAAAACAGUCGAUGAUGUCAGAAGAUUUCUAGGCAUGGUAACAUAUUAUUCGAGAUUUAUUCCAAACCUAUCGUCCAUAACUUACCUACUACGUCAACUACUCCAGAAAGAAAAACAGUUUCAGUGGUCUUCCAAUUGCGAAGCCGCUUUCAUCAAACUCAAAAGCAUAAUUAGUAGCGAUCAGGUACUCAGACCUUUUAAUCCGGAACUUCCAGUAGUCAUUGCUUGCGAUGCUAGCCCAACAGGUAUAGCAGGGGUGCUCUCCCAUACAAUAAACGGCAUUGAACAUCCCGUUGCCUUCGCUUCCAGAUCACUGACUGCAGCAGAAAGGAACUAUAGCCAACUAGAUCGCGAGGCAUUAGCAAUAAUAUUCAGUAUAAAUCAUUUUUUUAUGUAUGUCUAUGGAAGAAAAUUCCAGCUUGUCACCGAUAAUCGCCCGCUUACAAGAAUUUUUCAACAGCACAAUAAAAUGCCAGCUAUAACAUCUGCCAGACUUCUGCGAUACGCCGAAUUCCUGUCGAGCUUUAAUUACGAAGUAAUCUACAAAAAAGGAUCCGAAAAUACUAAUGCAGAUUGUCUAUCCAGAGCAACGCAAAUUCCAGGAAAUCAUUGCACGGACAAAGUAAUAAAUGAAGAGAUAAAUGAACUAUGUUUGUUAUCUAUCUUUGAAAUAUCCAGCGAAUACAUAAAUUCAGAAAUCCUAGCAUCGGAAACCGCAAAAGAUCCCGAACUUUCAAACAUCUUAACCAACAUGAUGAACGGGAACGACGAAGGUACGUAUAUGCUCAAUAACGGCAUUAUUUUUAAGGGUCAACGGGUAGUGAUUCCAAAAAGCCUACAGCAAAAUGUUCUUCAAGAAUUACAUCGCACUCACCCAGGCGUUACCAAAAUGAAGCAACUCGCCAGAAGAUAUUGUAUCUGGAAAGGUAUUGACCGUGAUAUAGAACGGACAGUACGAUCAUGCGAACCAUGUGUUCAAGUUCAAAACAAACCGGCGAAAGCUCCACUGCACCACUGGGAGGAACCAAAAGAAAAUUGGGAAAGAAUACAUAUAGAUUACGCCGGACCAUUCCAGGAUAAUCAUUUUCUUGUGGUCGUGGAUGCAAAGUCUAGAUGGGCAGAAUUUCGAGUUAUACGGGAUGCUCCAACAACCCAAUCCACAAUUAACCUUCUAUCGGAUAUUUUCGCUACUCAUGGAUAUCCGUCGAUCAUGGUUUCUGACAACGCAACUAUUUUUACGAGCGCACAUUUCAAAUCAUACUGCAGCAAAAAUGGAAUUUACCAGAAGCUCAUAGCACCAGGGCACCCGAGUACGAAUGGUCUUGCCGAGCGAAAUGUUCAAACACUUAAAAGGAAGUUAAAAGCUAUGUCAACAGAACCAGGACCACUACGCCAAAAAGUCAAUGACAUUUUACAAAUAUACCGAGCAAUUCCUCUUAGUAAUGGUAUGAGCCCAGCAGAACUUUACCUAAAAAGACGUAUACGGAUUCGAUUAGACGCGCUAAAACCAAUAACACAUAAUAAAGUAACGGAUUCUAUACCAGGUGUGCGCCAUAUUAGCGAGGGAGAGAGAGUACAAGCGUUAUAUACACAAAACAGCAAAACAAUUUGGAAAACAGGUACUGUACAACGAAAGCUAGGUCAACUUCACUACAUUAUUAAACUAGAUGACGGCUACACCUUAAAACGCCAUAUAGAUCAACUAAAGGUCACAAAAGUUCAACAGCGGAAAGUCAGGUUCGCUCAAGAUGUUCCUGACAUAGGUAAUACCCGGGGAAGUACUUCAAAUACGAUUUCCGACCCAGCAGACCAACAAAAUCAUAGGAAUAGCCAGUACAAUUUUCAACAAGUCGAAACUGGAUCUCAAUCUAAUUCAGAAUCGAACGAUACAGAAUCUGAAAGACAUACAGAAACAUUACCUCGAACUCCAGAGCAGCCAACCCAAUCGUCAACUGCUCAAAAUCCGGAACAGUCGAGUCAAAGACCUGCACGAAUACGCAAUAAACCUGCACAUCUCCGCGAUUAUGACUUAACAUAA